GGCCAGGGCCAGGGAGCCAGGCCACAGCCAGGCCAGGGGCCAGAGCCAGGCCAGAGCCAGGCCAGAGCCAGGGCCAGGAGCCAGGCCAGAGCCAGGGCCAGAGGCCAAGAGCCAGAGCCAGGAGGCCAGAGACCAGACAGAGACCAGGAGCCAGGCCAGGGCCAGGAGGGCCAGGACAGGCCAGGGCAGGCCAGGGCCAGUGCCAGGAGCCAGGCCAGGCCAGGCCAGGACAGAACCCAGAGCCAGGAGCCAGGCAGGCCAGGCAGGCCAGGCCAGGAGCCAGGCCAAGAUAGGCCAGAGCCAGGCCAUCAGCCAGGCCAGAGCCAAGGCCAGGGCCAGAACCAGGCCAGAGCCAGAGCCAAGGCCAGAGCCAGGCCAGAGCCAGGCCAGGCCAGGCCAGAGCCAGCCAGGCCAGGCCAGAGCCAGGCCAGGCCAGGCCAGAGCCAGAGCCAGAGCCAGGGCCAGGGCCAGAGCCAGGCCCAGCCAGGGCCAGGCCAGGCCAGGCCAGGAGCCAGGAGCCAGGAGCCAGGAGCCAGGGCCAGGGCCAGGGCCAGGAGCCAGGGUCAGGCCAGGAGCCAGAGGCCCAGGCCAGGCCAGGAGCCAGGCCAGAGCCAGGGCCAGAGCCAGGCCAGGAGCCAGGCCAGAGCCAGGCCAGCAGCCAGGGGCCAGGCCAGGGCCAAGGCCAGGCCAGGGCCAGAACCAGGCCAGAGCCAGGGCCAGGAGCCAGGGCCAGGAGCCAGGAGGGCCAGGCCAGGCCAGGGCCAGGCCAGACAGGCCAGGCCAGGGCCAGGCCAGGAGCCAGGAGCCAGGCCAGAGCCAGGCCAGGCCAGGCCAGGCCAGGCCAAGGCCAGGAGCCAGGCCAGGCCAGGCCAGGCCAGGAGCCAGGGGCCAGAGCCAGGCCAGGCCAGGAGCCAGGAGCCAGGCAGGCCAGGAGCCAGGGCCAGGGCCAGGAGCCAGGGCCAGAGCCAGGCCAGGGCCAGGCCAGGCCAGGAGCCAGGCCAGGGCCAGACCAGCCAGAGCCAGGGCCAAGGCCAGGAGCCAGGGCCAGGGCCAGAGCCAGGGCCAAGGCCAGGAGCCAGGGCCAAGGCCAGGAGCCAGAGCCAGGCCAGGCCAGGCCAGGCCAGAGCCAGGGCCAGGGGCCAGGCCAGAGCCAGGCCAGGCCAGGCCAGGAGCCAGGCCAGGCCAGAGCCAGGCCAGGCCAGGAGCCAGGCCAGGCCAGGCCAGAGCCAGGCCAGAGCCAGGCCAGGCCAGGGCCAGGAGCCAGGGCAGGGCCAGGAGCCAGAGCCAGGCCAGGAGCCAGGGCCAGGCCAGGAGCCAGGCCAGGCCAGGCCAGGCCAGGGCCAGGCCAGGAGCCAGGCCAGGCCAGGCCAGGCCAGGGCCAGAGGCCAGGCCAGGCCAGGCCAGGCCAGGCCAGGCCAGGCCAGCCUCAGGCCAGAGCCAGGCCAGGCCAGGCCAGGCCAGGCCAGGCCAGGGGCCAGGGCCAGGCCAAGCCAGGGCCAGGCCAGGCCAGGCCAGAGCCAGGCCAGGGCCAGGGCCAGGCCAGGCCAGGCCAGGAGCCAGGCCAGAGGCCAAGGCCAGGCCAGGAGCCAGGCCAGGCCAGGGCCAGAGCCAGGCCAGGCCAGGCCAGGAGCCAGGCCAGGCCCAGGCCAGGAGCCAGGCCAGGCCAGGCCAGGAGCCAGGCCAGGCCAGCAGCCAGGAGCCAAGGCCAGGGCCAGAGGCCAGGCCAGGGCCAGGAGCCAGGCCAGGCCAGGCCAGGCCAGGCCAGGCCAGGGCCAGGCCAGGCCAGGCCAGGCCAGGCCAGGCCAGAGCCAGGCCAGGAGCCAGGCCAGGCCAGGGCCAGGCCAGGCCAGGGCCAGGAGCCAGGCCAGGUUCUCAGGCCAGGCCAGGCCAGGCCAGGGCCAGGCCAGGAGCCAGGCCAGGCCAGGGCCAGGCCAGGCCAGGCCAGGCCAGAGCCAGGCCAGGCCAGAGCCAGGGCCAGGAGCCAGGCCAGAGCCAGGCCAGGCCAGGCCAGGCCAGGGCCCAGGCCAGCCUGGGCCAGGACCAGGCCAGACCCAGAGCCAGGCCAGGCCAGAACUCAGGCCAGGAGCCAGGCCAGAGGCCAGGCCAGAGCCAGCAGAUCAGGCCAGAGCCAGGCCAGGCCAGGCCAGGCCAGGCCAGGCCAGGCCAGGCUCAGGCCAGGCCAGGCCAGGCCAGGCCAGGGCCCAGGCCAGGCCCAGAGCAGAGCCAGGCCAGGAGCCAGGGCCAGGCCAGGGCAGGCCAGGCCAGGAGCCAGGCCAGGGCCAACCCAGAGCCAGGCCAGGAGCCAGGAGCCAGGCCAGAACCCAGGAGCCAGGCCAGGGGCCAGGCCAGGCCAGGCCAGGCCAGGCCAGAGCCAGGGGGCCAGGCCAG